CGACGUCACUAUAAUGGUUUUCGCAUAUUUUUCAGUACAUGUCGAAAGUCGACGGUUUUAACUAAAAUAUUGUGCAAAAAGUUUAGCAGUAAAUGUGGAAACGACCGAAUGAACAGAAGAGCAAGAUAGCAAAGAGAAUCUCUCAUUGAUACUUACGAAUUAAUCUAAAUUUCUCCGGGGUUGUGUGAAAAAUUUCAAAACGAUUGGUCCAGUAGAUUUUGAGUUAUGAUGUACAACGCAAAACAAGCUUUCGGCGAGGCGCCUCUGGAGAUUCACUGUCACUCGUUAAAUUUUCAGUAUUUUGCGAUGAAAUUUUGAGAAACUAUUAACUCCCCCAUCCCUUUACGACCAGAUAUACAGAGAUUUAAGGUGUUCAAUGAUAUUGACAGCACAAGUCUGAUGGAUAAAAUUAGCACUGAUACUAACAGCAGUCUCUCAAUACUGUCGAAAUCACAGUGGGAGUUUAGGGAUCAGAUAGACAUGUCUUCAAAACAACGGAAACAAACCAACAGUAAGCUAUGUGACCAAAAAUCCCUUCAGAAUUGUCCCCUAGGGCGAGCUGUGUUAACCGACACUAACAAGCGGCCGUACAAAUGUGAUACGUGUGACAAAUUCUUUAAUAAGGAGAGUGUUCUGAACAGACACAGAAAAAUUCACAGUAAUGAACAACCGCAUAAAUGCGAGAUUUGUGGCAAAAGAUUCCUUCUCAAGUAUCUGCUUAUGCAACAUGUGUUAACUCACACUGGCGAGCGGCCGUACAAAUGCGAGAUAUGUGGCAAAGGAUUUGUUCAAAAGUCAUUAAUGAAACGACAUAUGGUAACCCACACUGAUGAGCGACCGUAUAAAUGUGACAUAUGUGACAAAUCAUUUAAAUAUCAGAGUGCGCUAACUUUGCACACAAGGAAUCAUAGUAAUGAACAACCGCAUAAAUGUGAGAUAUGUGGUAGAGGAUUCCUUCGGAAGUGUCGGCUUGAGCGACAUGUGUUAACUCACACUGGCGAGCGGCCACACAAAUGCGAGAUAUGUCGCAAAUCAUUUACUGAGGAGUAUAGUUUGAACGCGCACAGAAAGAUUCACAGUAAUGAACGACCGCAUAAGUGCGAGAUAUGUGGCAAUGAAUUCAUUUAUAAGCAUCACCUAAAGCGUCACACGGGAACUCACACUGGUGAGCGGCCGCACAAAUGCGAGAUUUGUGGCAAAGGAUUCGUUGACAAGUCGUGUAUGAAAGUUCAUAUGGUAACUCACUCUAGCGAGCGACCAUAUAAAUGUGACAUAUGUGACAAAACAUUUAAACAUCCGAGUGCGCUAACUUUACACACGAAGAAGCACUGUAAUGAACAAUCGCAUAAAUGUGAGAUAUGUGGCAUAGGAUUCGUUCAAAAGUCAUUAAUGAAACGACAUAUGGUAACUCACACUGGCGAGCGACCGUACAAAUGUGAUAUAUGUGACAAACCAUUUAAACGUCAAAGUAACCUAAAUUUGCAUACAAAGAAUCACAGUAAUGAACAAUCGCAUAAAUGUGAGAUAUGUGGUAAAGGAUUCGUUCGGAAGUCUUACCUGGAGCAACAUAUGGCAACUCACACUGGCGAGCGGCCGCACAAAUGCGAGAUAUGUGGCAAAGGAUUCGUGCAGAAGUCGCAUAUGAAUGAACAUGUGGUAACUCACACUGGCGAGCGACCGUAUAAAUGUGAUAUAUGUGACAAACCAUUUAAACGUCAAAGUUACCUAAAUUUGCACACAAAGCAUCACUGUAAUGAACAAUCGCAUAAAUGUGAGAUAUGUGGUAAAGAAUUCGUUCAGAAGUAUUUGCUUAUGCAACAUAUAAUAAAUCACACUGGCGAGCGGCCGUAAAAAUAUGAUAUAUUUGGUAAAUGUGGACUUGUUUGAACAGGUACAGAAAUAUUUACAGUAACGGAUAUGUAGCUAAUCAUAUACGAACAAAAAAUGAAUUUAUAAUAAA